CCAGUAGGAGGAAUCCGUGUCCCGACACUGUUAAACAGGAAACAAUGGGCCUUAAGGAAGACUUUGAGGCUGCGGCUGCGGAAGCGACGAACUCGCUUCCUGACACUCUCUCAAAUGACGAGAAGCUGGAGUUGUAUGCGCUGUUCAAGCAGGCAAAAGAGGGUGACUGUAACACCUCUCAGCCAGGAAUUUUCGACCCCAAGGGCCGCGCUAAGUGGAAUGCUUGGAAUGGGAAAAAGGGUACGUCCCAGGAAGACGCCAUGAAGCAGUACAUCGAGUACGUGGCUGCCUUGAAGGCGAAGCAUGGCACCAAGUAAGGAGCGACAUUCACUGUAUCCUGUUGCCGCUGCCACAGCAGCUUUAGCAACAACAGUGGUACUGGCCAUGGAUAUCGUCAGUACCGCCGACCUGCUUCCCAUGCGACGGACGGCUGGGCGGAGUCAGGACGCUGUCGGCGGAGGUUUACCUGCGGAGGUUUCCCGAAUGGUCCUUUCGUUCAGCUCCUUACGACUCACCCACCCUGGUCAUUGCGUUGCGUUCACAUCAUGAAUUAUCGAUGCAGGGCUGCUUCCAGCGAUUCAGAUUGUCGCUAUGCCUGCGUUUCCCGGGGCUAAGUCGUUGGUGUCGGUGCCUUCCGAGUGCCUGCGGCGUAACGGCUGCAUGAGGGUCCCUGCCUGCGUAUGAAGAGGAGGAACGCAACCUUCGGAUAGACUGAGAGAUGUUGACGAGGUGUUCAGCGGAGCAGGAAAACGUAACAUUUUGGCACCUAGAAGCUCUGGAUGUUAGCUGUAUGGAAGGCUGUAGAUGUGUGCUGGUUGGGUAGAUAGAGUUGUUAUCAAGUUCGCAGGUUGUUGAGGUUGAUUGCACGCGCAGCAUGGGCCCGGCGUACUGCUACUGCUUCUGCCGCUCAGGUUCCUCCGCCUCCCCGGGUGUAAGGGCUUCUUCCCUCGUUGCGCCCUGACUUGUCCCUUCACAUCGGUUAUGUAAUAAUACCCCGAGCUUAAAUGAACAACUUCAAUGUCACAUAGAGGAUGGUAGCAUCUUCACGAAUCUAGAGCCCACUGUAGCAACUACACACACAUGCCAGGUAGCAAACAAUCCUUUUCAAUCACUUGUAACAGUGUCCAUUACG